AAUUUAUAACCAUAAAAUUCUCAAAGUUUGAGGGACGCAUCAGAAGCCGGGUUUCCUUUUUAUGUGGAUCGAUCGGAAAACGACUGACGGUGGCAAAAUCUUCCGUACACUAGACUGAAUUUCAUCUGCCAUCCAAGUAAGCCGCCAUGAAAGCCGAUCAUCGGUUGCUUCUAAUCGUUACACUACUAAUUUCAUCACUACUUCUCUCGACUUUGGUACACGUUUCGAGAGCUGAAGUCAUAACCCUAACCGAAACUACCUUCUCCGACAAGGUGAAAGAGAAAGACACUGCUUGGUUUGUGAAAUUCUGUGUCCCAUGGUGUAAGCACUGUAAGAGCUUGGGUUCAAUGUGGGAGGAUCUUGGAAAGACUAUGGAACUAGAGGAUGCGAUAGAGGUCGGUGAGGUGGACUGUGGUGCUAACAGACCUCUUUGUUCGAACGUUAAAAUUGGAUCGUACCCCACAUUCAAGCUUUUUUAUAAUGGAGAAGAAGUUGCUAGAUAUCGAGGUUUUUAGAUGUGCAAUUAGAUAUCAGUUGAGUAACUGGAAUGCCCAAGACGUGAUUGAAUGAACAUCAUGGUAUGAGUAUUAGAGUCAGUAAUAUGUUUUUUUAAUGUAAGCUUAAGCAGCAAAAGUAGUGAAUGUGAUUGACAUGAUAUAUGACGAGCAGUGUCUUGGAAAAUAGAUAAACCAAUCUUAUUACUUGUAGCCGUUCAUGCAAGUUGAAUUUGACAGCAACAAUCUUUGUAAGUUGGAGCAACCAAUUAGUCUGCUAUGGGGCCUUUAACAUAAUGAUAUGUUAGAACACGCAAUUAACACCUCAGCUGCAUCAAAGGUUAGCUGAUAUGCCUCCUUAGUCCUUAUAGCUUGUGCUAUGCGUAGAUGGGUGAGAAAGGGUUGGAGAUAUGCUUCUUUACUGGUUUUCUUAUGAACACUGCUGCAUUGACAUGGAAGUUGAAUAGGGAGUGGUGGAGGGUAUUUUGUAUUAGCCGCAAGAUCUCAUUAAAUGGUCGUGUAAAUAAUCAUUGGGUUGUUUGCUUCCACUUAUGGAACCUUUUAAUGACUCAACUGCUGAUGGAAUAAGAUGUAGGUUGAUUAAGAUUUCUUUCCUCAUUCUCUCACCCAUUAGACUAGUUAAUAGCCAUACCCUUGAUUAAUCAAUUAGUAGUGACUCCUAACAUGAUUAUCAACAACUACUCCUUUAUUCCAAAAAAGUAUGAAGUUUGAUUUGGCACAUGGUAUAAUAAGUCAUUCGACUAAUAGUCAAAUAUCAUAAAUACCCUGUUAAUAAAACUAAAUUGAGAAAACUUGUGGACCAAAAUCAGUUUCUUAAAUAUCUUGUAAUAACUGUUAAUAAGCAAAUAGAGAAAGAUGGGCUGGAAUCUUUUCAAAAAAGAAAUGUUGCAUCUUUUUGGAGAACCCAAAAUAGAAAGUGUUGCAAAUCUUUGUUGGACAGGGGGAGUAUAUAGUUUCUCAUUCAUGGUAUAUAGGCAAUCUCUGCCUACAGUAAAGUUGCACUCAACGAGCCAAAAAUCAUUCUAUUUUGCACUGAUGCACACUAAAAUCAGAUCUCCUUACAUCCCCAGAAAGAACUAGAAAAAUUCCUUACUCACUUGCCAUUACGUGUCAUGUUGCAAAGUUCUGCCAUUGAUUUCAGAUUCUUUUUUCUUAAGGCCUUCAAUUUGACCAGGAAAAUAAGAUUAAAAAAUAAAUUAAAUCUGUAAAUGAUAAUCUUCUUCAGACUACUACCUGCAAGGUCGAAAUUGCCGUGCAAGUGGGCGUUAUGUAUCAGCAUUGAGAUUUGAGAUGGUGAUCAUGGGAAACGAUGUGCAAAAGUCUAGAGAUGAGUUAUGUAACUUUUUAUAGAAGACCUGAAGUGUUGAAGCCUGUGAAAUAGAAAUGGUUUGAUUCAAGAUAUAGUUGUUAGGUUUUCUUAGGGAAUAUUUGAUAACUGUUCAUUAAAAUGAMAUGUUAACCUCCAAGGGGUUGCACUAGAUAAGCUUGGGACCUGAUAAACAAGUUUUGGUUUACUAUCAACCUUAGGGGCCACAACCCGCUGGUUAGAAGGCCUAUUUGUGGUCUAUGUGGAGGGGUUGCUUUUCAUUGACCCUGUUGACUAGUUGAGCUAAAUGUGCCAGGACCUUAGAAAAAAAGAAUUGCAACAUGUUGCAUUAGUUGGUUCAAAGCCUAAUGCAUGUUAUAUCAAACUGUAUAAUUUUGUUGAAGACCAAUGUGGGGAAAUGAUGUCCGUGGUGUGAAAAAUGUGUUAUACAAGUUUUUCUUUCAAAUGACAACCGAGUACAAAAUCACAACCAUCAUGACUGUGGUUACCGCAGCCAUGUUAUCUCCUUGUUUUAGAUAUCUGAAAAUAAGCAUCUUCAUAUCCAAUAUGUCUGGCAUUGAAAUAACAAUAUCCAAUCGAUUCUUCGGAU